UCCGCCUUUACAUUGAAGCUGAAGAUGGCGACCCACGAUCAACAUCGUGGAAUUUUAUGCAAAUUGUUGCAAAACCAGUGCAUUCCUGGAUAUUAAAUGUUCAGCAGAGGAUUAUACUAUGUCAAAACAAUUAAACGACAUGUGACGGACUACGUUUAUUCGGCAGAACACAUCAGAAACAGUGAACAUUUCGAAUGUGUACAAUCUCCAAGGACAGAAACUGAGUAAAACUUGGACACGACAUAUGUCAGUCUGACCUACUAUUUGUCACAGUACCCAAAACAAACAAAAUGUGAUUAGGAGGCCAUUUCGAAUAGUUUUUAACCGCUCUACCUCAUGAAUUCACGUCGUAAAUGGCCAGUAUAUCGGAUGCUCUAGGGGAUCACGGCGUUUGUCCGCUGUGCCGUGACCAGUUUCGGGACCCCCGGGUGUUGCCCUGUUUGCACUCGUUCUGUAAGGACUGCCUUGAGCGGUGCCACCAUGACCAGGGUCUCAAUGACUCCUUUGCUUGCCCAUCGUGCAAGCAGCCGGGGUCGCUCAACUCUGGUGGGAUCGAGGGAAUACCUUCUAGCAUCUUUAUUUCAAACAUUCUUGACGUUAUGGUCUCACAAGAUGAGUAUGAAAAUGGUGAAAUAAAUGCCAACUUUGGAGAUUGCUUCUGUAACUGCUCAGAAGGAAGUCGAGCUACCUCACUAUGUAAGAACUGCCAUGAAUACCUGUGUGACAACUGUGUCAAGGCACACCAACGGGUGCGUCUCACCAAAGACCACUUCAUUGAAAGUAUAAAACGCCGAGGAUUUCAGCAUCAGAUUACACCAACAGUUUCUUUGAAUUCCCCAAGUCUUUCCACUGCCCAAGGCGAUCGUCAGAACACUCCAUGCUCUAAGCAUGAACAUGAAAUAUUACGCGUUUAUUGUGACAGCUGCCUUACACCAAUUUGCCGUGAGUGCACAAUGACGGAGCAUGUUGGUCACAGCAUCAUCUACCUCAAAGAUGCCAUCGAUAAUUCCAAAUCUGUUACUGUCAAGUUAUUAAAAGAUGCAAGAGCUGGAAUGAAGGCUAUCGAAGAAAGUCUUCAGCUAACUCAGGGUAUGGCUGAACGGGUUGAGCUAAGAUCACAAGCAGUUUCUAAUGAAAUUAGGAAUAUAACACGUCGACACAUGGCUGCUCUGGAAGAACGCGAGCGAGAUCUCUUAAGACGUGUUGAGAAGAUACGCCAGGUAAAAGGCAAAUCCUUACACGUGCAAAUGGAUGACUUAAAGCAAGGAUUGAUGUCAAUAAGCAGGACUGUUGAAGAUGUGGAAAGUGUUUUGAACAAUGGUCGUGAUGUUGAUAUUCUUAAAACGAAUGAAAGCAUGGUUAACGAAAUGCAGAAGCUUAGAGCUUUACGUGGACACUUUGAACCACAUGAAGACGACAGUAUUCUUUUUACACCCCCUGAUGCAGCUUUACAUAUUGCCAUUUCAAAACUUGGCUUCAUUAGCAGCAGUGCUUAUGCCCCUAACUGCAUUGCAUAUGGCGAUGGAUUGAAGAGAGCCCUGAAAGGAAAGAUUGCCAUGUUUGCAAUCCAGGCAAAAGAUCAUCUCGGCGAGCAGCGGGUUGUUGGUGGAGACCCUAUCCAGUGCUUGAUUAGCAGUCCAGAGGGUGCCAUGUAUCGCACAGAGGAACUGGAUCGUCAAAAUGGAACAUACAAUGUCUCCUACCGGCCGCAAUGUGAAGGAAAGCAUGUAAUAUCUGUGAUGAUCAAUGGAAAGCAUAUCCAUGAAAGUCCAUUCUCUGUUGAGGUUCGUAGUGGCCGUAACUAUGCCACUGUUGGGCAGAUGCUGGCUCAGUUUGGAGGGGAAGGUGAAGAGCCAGGCAAGUUGUGUCGUCCUUGGGGAAUCUGCUUCCAUAAAGAAGGUUUCAUACUGGUUGCUGAUCGCAGCAACAAUCGUAUACAGGCUUUUAAUAUAAAUGGGGUGUAUCAGUAUCAUUUUGGUUCAGCAGGUACGCGCAAUGGUCAGUUUGACCGGCCGGCUGGAGUGGCCUCUGAUAUUCAAGGCCGCGUUGUGGUGGCCGACAAGGAUAACCAUCGUAUUCAAAUAUUCACUGUAGAUGGAACAUUUCUGCACAAGUUUGGUGAGAAAGGAAAUAAGAAUGGUCAGUUUAACUAUCCAUGGGAUGUAGCGAUAAACUCAGAGGGAAAAAUUCUUGUGUCAGAUACAAGAAACCAUCGUAUCCAGCUGUUCACGAGUGAUGGACUGUUCAUAAACAAGUAUGGAUUUGAUGGAGCCCUGUGGAAGCACUUUGACUCACCACGUGGGGUGUGCUUCAACAACGAAGGGCAAAUGGUUGUUACCGAUUUCAACAAUCAUCGUCUUCUCGUUAUUCAUCCAGAUUUCCAGAACGCUAGAUUCUUGGGAACGGAGGGCAGUGCAAAUGGACAGUUCAUGCGUCCACAAGGCGUUGUUGUAGACCAGGAAGGAAACAUUAUUGUCGCCGACUCCCGAAACCAUAGAAUCCAGGUGUUCCAACCCAAUGGGAACUACAUGUGCAAGUUUGGCUCUCCGGGCUCUGGACCGGGCCAGCUUGACCGACCAUCUGGUAUCUGUGUUCUUCCGGACAGCCGCAUUCUUGUUGUUGACUUUGGAAAUAAUCGUGUGGAAGUAUUUUAAAUGCUUUGCCCUUGUAAAGGGUCUGCUUACUGCCUUGCUCAGGUUUUAACUCAGGUGUUGCCUGGUUAGUUUAUGUAAAUCUAUUGAGUUUGAUUGCCAAAGGCAUGUUGUUAAAUGCUCAGGGAAAAUUAGAAGUGAGCCAGUUUAAUGCUUCUCAGUAUUUUUAUUUCACAAUGGUGCAACAGGUGUUUUUAUCAUGUAUGUUUGACAUACUGAGGCUGUUCAGGCUGUAACCAUUUUUUAUCAAUAACUACCAAGGCCAUUUUGUACACAUGUGGCAUUAAAUGUAGAAUGUUGUUCAAUUUCACAUAUAUUUUUUCAAAUGGUAUUUGAUAAGUCUGAUUUCUUCAUAAAUUCAGCAUAGACAGUAUGAACUAAAAUAUUUCCUUUACACUAAAAUUUGUUUGAUACACACUUAGAAAUAAAGUAGAGGUACAUCUGAGGUACAUUUUAUGAAGGUAAAACAUAAAUUGUUGAGGUAUUGAGAAGCCUUAAACUGAUUCACAUUAAAUGAUUGUCAUAAAGUACAGCUUAUAUUGCAUGUGUGUGUCCACUUAAUGCUGCCACUUGCUUUCUGCAAAGAGUAUUAUUAUAAAUGUAUUUAGGUAUGAAAGGGAGUUGAAUAUAUAUGCAUUUAAACCUUUAAAGUGUAUGCACAAUGUAUUAUGGCUUGUAUCUCUUGGUUGUUAAUAUUGCGAUUGAACAGAAAUAUGCCAUUUUUGAUAUAUCAUCAAUAUUUUUUCACCAUUUCGUAACAAACAUGAUAUUUGGUUUUUCCGAUUUAAUAAUGAAAGCAUGAAAUUCUGACUCAAAUAAAUUUUAACUUCUGUAACAUAAUUAGUUUCUGAUGCACAUGUGCUGAAAAAUGUGAGCCUUAGACCAAGUUGUUCAAUAUUUAUCAGUUACCAUAAAUAUGCUGGGCAAAGCACCUACAUGUAGGUAUGGAUCAAAGGUUAGUCUGGCCGACUUAUGUGAUUCAAUUUAAAAUUUGCGCAGUACUUGAAUUGUUUAAUGAUCAGUUGACAAAGCAGGUAAACAAAGCUUAAGAUGAUCAAGUCUACAAUACUUUACUUUAUUUGAAAUAUAAUAAUGAUAUUUUCAUGUAAUAUAAUACAUAUUUUCUCAAAAUUAUUAUCAUAAAGAGUAAAACAUUGAAUGUAUGAAUACUCAAAGGACUGUUUAGUACAACAUAAUAGUAGAUGGUGUGUUUAGCUCACAAUCUGUACUAUGAUCAUGAAUAAAGAUAAAGCUGGUCAGUGGUUAGAAGUUGGCAACCUGCCAAGCCUGUGUGUAUACAUGAGUGGUCAGUUACAUCAUUUGACCUUGCUCUCUGUGAAGUAAACAAAACCUGGGCCAGUUGGAGGGAAAGUGGCCUAUAAGAAAUGGGCUUAAAGUAAGGGUACAUUUUGUUUCAAUUUGGCCAGUGAUUUAAUUAUCUUAGAUAUUUUACAUGUUACUGCAAACAAUUGACAGUGAAAAUAUCUAUAAAAAGCUAGAGGCGUGAUCAUUGAGAGUGGUUGAUUCUUUUUAAAAUAAUUUGUUCAAAUGGAAUUCAACCAUCUAUAUGAAAUUUCUAAAAGGUAUGUAAAUUCAUUUCUGACCAUAAAGGUCAUUUUCCCAUGGUGUGGCCAAAGCUGAAAGAUUGAGUGGUCAUUUGCUAGAUACCAUGUUUGUGUUUGGUUAAUACAAUCUGCAGGGAGUGACCACUGAUCAAGUUGAUCUCCUAACAAACACACUGACCACAGGUAUUGAGAAUAUCAAAUGUAGAAUGAUAUGGGACCAUGCUUCAAUCUGGCUUGAUAUUUUAUAGAAUAUUCUAAAUACUGGUUUAAUAUCUGCAUAGAAAAUGAUACAUAAAAAUGAAUGUUGAUUCAUUGCCCAGCUAGUCAUGUGCAUCUGAAACUACUUGUUAUUUUAUUAAACAAGUUAAACUUCUGUAAAAAUCUUUUACCAUGUUUAAGGUUUCUUACUUGUUCGCACUAUGAUAUUAUUAUGCAAAUUUAGUGUACCGUGUGAAUAUAUAUGGUUUAAUAGUUGAGAAUUACUAGUUAGAUGCUACCAAAUUAUAUGUUCUUAUUGUUAACUAUGUUGUUGAUGUUAAAAAAGCUUACUUACUUAGUCACUUUCCUAAUUCAAAUUGAUAUACAUAUCUCACUGGUCAUAUGAUAUAAUUACUGGAAUAAUUUUCUGAAAUACUUCCGUUUCAUUAAUGCUGCACUCUCACAGAUUGAACAUUUUUGACAACUUUUUUUAUUGUUUGUCUUGGAACAAGCCAAUUGUGGAACAAGCCAAUUUUUGCGAAAAUCCAUGGAAACUUGUUAUAUAAGACUGCUGACAGAAUGUUAGGAUGCAGAUUUUUCUAUUUAUGUUCAAAAAUUGAUGUUUUAUGCAUUUUUCUUAAACUGUUAGUAACAAUUUAAGCCAUAAAACAUUAAUUUUCGAACAGAAAUAUAAAAAUCUACAAUCUUUUGUUUUGUCAGCAAUCUUAUAUCAUUGAUUUGCAGAUAUUUACGCAAAAAUUUGAUCUUUCCAACAUAAAAAAUAAAAAAGUUGUAAAUAUGGUAAAUAUGUUAGAGUGCAGCUUUAACAUCAUUGAAAAUUUAUACUUUUAUUUUAAAAUACUUCCAACAAAUAUUUUAAUUUGACUAUGGAAAUUUCAACCUGAUUUAAGUUAAUUACUUGAAGAAAUCUUAUAAUUACUGGCCUAGUGCUUGCUAUAAGUUUGUAUGUGUGUAGAAAAAGAAAGUUCAAAGAAAGCUUAAUUCAAUAAUACUGUGGUGUGAAUAUGUAUGUUUCAUUUUAGCUUGCUUAUAAACAUUGUAUUAUUAUUAUAUAUUAAUGUAAACAUUGGAACCAGUGACUAAAGGAACGCUUUUUGUGCAUGAAAAUGCUUAAAUUUGUUUGUUGACUUAUGUUCUGUUUUUUUUUUCUUUUAAAGGGCUUCAGAAGUCAUAUUAACCAAUUGCUACCUCAGGAUUCUUUAAGUUUUGUAGCAGAUGUGUUGUUAUAUGGUUCAGAAACUUAGCAUGUAAUGUGAAACGUUCACUCUGUUUUGCUUAUUGAUGUUGUUGUUAUAACUAUGAUAUAUUUACAUGUGUUUUUACAUGUAUACGUGAAAGAGCGCAUCAUCUAAUGACUUCUUGUUAUAAUUGUGUGCUUGUUUUUUCAUGAAUAAUUGAUUGCUUUACUUUGUUUUUAUCAUGUAACAUUAUAUAAAGGAGAGGUUCAUGUUAUUUGCAUAUUUUUGAUUGCUAACAUUAUGACUGGGCAUUGUCUAGGAUAAAUUGUUUUCAAUAUUAACUUAACAACGGAAACAGGACUGUGAAGACUUUCAGAUGGAUUUUAAUUUGAAUAUCACUUCAAAAUGAUGCUAUCUAAUAUACAAUUUAUUUUCCUCAAGAAAAUUUAUAAACAACAUUCUUAGAAUUCAUAUCCUUAGGUCUGUACUGGUGGCUUAUUUUGGUAACUGUCUGCUAAAUGUUGUAACAGGUCACAUUUGCCUCUCCAAUUCUGACCAUAAUGCUGCUCUAUGAGCAUGACUAACUGUUAAGAGGCUACCCUGGGGUCACAGGUUCAUGUUUUAUUGUUUACAAAGGUGAUGGCCAAUUAAAUUCCCAUUGAUGGCAGGUAAUUUUCUCUGAUGAUAAAGAGUGCUAGUGAGAUUCGGAGGGUUGACUGCCCAUUUCUGUUACAUAAUGUGAUGUCACACACUAGUAAUUUGCCAGUAUGAAAGCCAUUUUACCUCAUGGAUGGGUGUUUUUCAACAUAAAUGUCUGACUUGCAUAUUUAAACUAAUACAUUGACAGGCUUGAUUUUGAAAUGAACGUUGGUGCAUUUACAUAAUAUGGUAUGAGCAGUUUAACAUGUUCUAACAGGUGCAAGAAUCCAGUUUAAAUCCAUCAUCAAUGUAACCAUGCAUCCUGUACUAAAAACAGCAAGAGGGAAGAUGCACAAUAGUAUUACUUGCAUAUAGCAUGCCUAUCAUAGUAUCUUUGUUCUAAUUUACACUCAGUAAAAUCAGGAAUUUGAGGAGUAUCAUGGCCCCACCCCCUGAGCAAUUGCACCAUUUUGUUCUUAUACAAAGACCUUUCAGGAUGAAGGGAACCAUACUUGUAACCAUCAUAAUUACAUGUAUUUGUAAUACAAUAAAUGAUUAUACCUCUGCUGGAAUUAAUUACCUUAAAAGUUAUGAUGUAAUACCUCAGCUUUCCACACUACCUCGCUUUUUGUACCUCAAGCCUGUUACCAUGGUUACUAAAAUUUGCUUAACCAUUGAAAAUAAUAUGUAUUUUUAUUGCUUGAAGAACUAUAUAUAUUUACUUAAAUAACUAUAUAUUAUUGCUUGAAGAACU